CGCUCCCCGGUUUGAGGACGGCGUCACAAAGCAGAACAAGUCGCGCUGUUAACCCGGUGGAAAGGCGCUGCAUGACCACCAGCACUUUAAACUCUCGGGCAGGGGGGGUGUUGACGUUGUUUCGGAAUGGAGGGCAACAUUUUAAACUCGAAGCUGUUGGACUCUCGGGCCCAGGCGGACACCAGCCUGGCUCUCCCCAGACCGGCGUCUGCGGAGUCCUCGUUGAGGAGCGAGUCGACCGAGAGGACCCGCCGGGUCCAGGAGCAGGUCCGGCUCACACUGCGGAAUUCGAAAAAGGGGAGAUCCAACUCAAACAAGGCUGAAUAUGGAGGCUUGGAUGAUGCUGAUGGAGAUAAUUCCAACACAAAGGUAAAUGGAUCAGAAUACAGAAGGCUUCACUUAGAAGACAGCCGUUCUCAGAGGCGGUACAGACAGGCUGGUGCCUCCCCAACACCCUGCCAAAAGUCCUCGCCCCAUCGCUUGAAGUACCAGAUUUCUGUCAAGGAGUUGAACCCAGUCUCAGACCAACAUAUGAACUGGGUGGGAGCGCUGCUGGACACGCAUAAUCCAGCUCAACAGCACACACUCUCUAAGUUCCGAGGCACUGUCCCCCGGCCAGUCAUGUCUCGACCUGGGAUUUCACCCAGACAGUCAGUAAGAGCAAAGAGUCUGUCUGGAUCCCCGGCGGUCCUGCAAAGCCCAGGUAAUACCUGGAGUCACAGACAAAGUGUCGUAAAAUAUGAUAAGCAGACGGUACAGCGAGGUGUGAAUAGGGUGCCUGUAUCCACCCAUCUGGACGGCGGCCCCACUGCAGCGGGCUUUAGGAGGCUGACAGAGUCCAAACGUGAUGGCCAGCAGAAGAGUCUCCCAGUAGAGAGGGCGGCGAAAAAGCCUCCAAAUAUGACCAUGACUGUGGCGUUGUGCAAUCUGACUCAGAACAAUGAGGAAGUCCUGAUCAGAGCUGCCAGACACAUACAGCGUGAAUGUUUACAUGGAUUUGAAGCUAGAACUAAGGUUUACAAUUGCAAUGGAAUUCAAAGUCUUCUGCUGCUGCUUCAGUACGACAACGAAGAAGUGCAGUGCGCCGCAGCAGGGGCCCUGCGUAAUGUCGUCUACACACACAACGAGAAUAAGACAGUGUUGAAGACCGAUGACAACUUGACUAAGAUCCUGGAAGCACUACAAAACAGCCGCCAUAAGGAGACCAUAGUUGAGCUUGCAGGUCUCCUGUGGAAUCUGUCUUCAGAUGAUACAAUAAAGGAGCUUUUCUCAUCAAGGUUCCUACGUAUCAUCACCAAGUCCAUUCUGGUGCCCAGCUCUAGCCUUCAUGCGGCCGAUAACCCCAAAGAUGAGAUGAUCGCUGAUCCCAGGGCGUUCUGCUGCGCUACGGGCUGUCUACGAAACCUGAGCUCUGCUGGCCCAAAUGUCAGGAAAGACAUGAGGAAGUGCGAAGAUCUCAUUGACUCGCUGGCCUACUACAUCCAAGGGACCGUAGCCAGCGGCAGCCCUAACGACGAGUCCACAGAACACUGUGCCUGCAUCCUGCAAAACCUGACUUAUGAAGCGGAGUUUGACUACACAUCCCAAACCACUGAAAAGCAUCAAGAGCCUGAACAAGAUGUGGCUCCCAAAAAGACAACUGUUGGCUGUUUGAAUAUUUUCAGUGCCAAGCCCAUGAAGAACGUGGAGGCUGCAAAUGAUGCAGAGAACGGGCGCCUCCUGCUGGUGGAACAAGACCCACAAGGAGCUGAUUGGUUGUGGAGCCAGACCGCUGUGCGGCUGUAUCUGUCCCUAGUGGCCCGCAGCAAGCAGAAGUCGACGCGGCAGGCCGCCCUUGGGGCGCUGCAGAACCUCACAGCUAGAAAGGAAAAGAUCUCUGAAUUUGUUGCCCUCACUAUUGUUGAGAUUACAGAAAACCUCCAGAAGAUUAAAGUUUUAUUAGAUGAAGACAGUCUGCUGCAGGAGCAAACCAUAUGUCUGAUAAAGAACCUCUGCAACUAUCCACAACAUCACGACGUCAUCUUCAAUACGCUGUUGCCAGUUUUGAAGAUGCUGCACUGCAAACCAGGCGAAGGGACAAAAGAGAUUGUGUUUCAUAUCCUAGCAAAGCUGAGCUUAAACAACGUGACUAAAGCCAGAUAUAUUAUCAAGGACAAAGCCGUGCAGUCAAUGUUGAGCGACGAUCAGGAAGGUAAAGCAGAAAAUGCGGCAAACAAUCUUCGGUGCAUACUAUGGAACCUCAAAGAUCUUCACAAGGAUCUGCGUGAGUUUAACAUAGCAAAACCCCUCAAAAAAACAAAAGGACAAUGACAACAGGAACAAGAAAGAUCGUGAAGUCCAGAGAGUGGGCCAGAGAUCCUUGAGCACCAAAUCGGAUCCACAUUUUUCAAAAACAAGAACAACACAAUACACACAGCACAGUUUAUCCACUAGGAAUCAUUUUUAGUGCCGUGAUGACAACUCUUUAUGACUAACCUUUUUAUUAUAGUACACAAAAAUACUGAAAUGAAAUGCUCACAUUGUUUGUAUGGAAAUAAGAGUAGCAGACAACAUUUUAGGUACUUUUAAAGCACUUUCCUUGACAUCUACCAUGAAAUUAACGUUAAUCUUGGCCUCAGUUGCAGGGCCUUGUGAGAUGAAGAAUGCUGACGAUGCAAAUGAUUUAUUCAUGUUAUCAUAUUUUGGUGACAGAAGCUAUGUUUACAUGCACAAAAUUUCACAAUAGGAUUGGAAUGUAUUCGGAUUAAAAAACAAUAAAUAAUCGGACUGUACCGUUUAUAAGGGCGCACAAUCAAAUUAAUCUGAUCAUGAUUUGCGUUUAUAUGCACCUAGCUUUAUUCAGAAUUGUAGCACUGACGUGUGCAGUUACCAAAUUACCCUAAAAAAUAAUACUUUCAACAAAAAUAGCAAGCAAAGCAGU